AUGAGCUCCCAACAAGCUCAGCCAGGGAAAAGAAUCGUCACAUACGGGCGAUCCCAUGUUCUCCAAACCAUAUCUGUGACACUAUUAGACACCAAUCCAGAUGGCUACUGGGUGAUCUAUAUACACGGUGGUGCGUGGCGUGAUCCAACUAUAAAAUCCGAUUCAUUCGAUGCCACCUCGAAGAUCCUGCGUAGCUCCCCCGGACUUCCUAUCUCCGGCAUUGCUUCAAUCUCCUACAGACUAAGCGCACACCCCAACCACCCGCAAGAUGAACUAGAAACCCCGGCCAAGGAAUUCCGCAAUGCAAAGCAUCCGGACCAUAUCCGUGACGUUGAGGCUGCAUUGGCAUUUUUGCAGAAUACCUAUAACUUCGGUCCCCGAUAUAUUCUCGUUGGGCAUAGCUGUGGCGCUACUUUGGCUUUCCAAGCUGUUAUGGGUGCUGUUGCAAGUCAUAGCGAGCAGUCGUUCAGUGGAGGUGCGAAUGACGACGGUGCGGGCGCGGAGCAGGUCUCUAUGUCUCCCGGACCAUUACCGCCGAAGCUGUCGGCGCAACCAGCAGCGAUAGUGGGUGUGGCGGGGAUAUACGAUCUACGGAGACUACAGGAUGCGCACCGGGAGAUUGGGGCAUACAGGGAGUUCAUUGAAGGGGCAUUUGGGAAUGAUGUGAUGCUUUGGGAUGGCGUGUCACCGGCGCAGAUGGUUGGGUCGCGGGGCGUGGAGGGUGGCUGGAAAACUGGGAGAUUAGUCGUGCUAGCCCAUUCUAAGGAUGAUGGACUCGUGGACGAGGGCCAGAUGUUGGAAAUGAAAGAGGCUUUGCGAGGAUGGGAACAGAAGCCAGCUCAGAUCCCGGUGCGGGAGUUGUCCACUCGCGAGAGGCGGGUACAAAUGUUGUCUCUCGAGGGUGGCCAUGAUGAAAUAUGGAGUCAAGGAGAGGAGCUGGCUCGGGCAAUCAAAUACGCAUUUGUCGAGUUGCAGAAGAUGGGCCUGGCACCAGAGCCCAAGGUUCUGGGGGGCUCAAGCGUUGCAUAG